CAGCGCGCAUGAUGUGUAAACCACGUGGCGAAUACACCGGAAGUAAGCAAACUUGCGCCUCUCUCAACAUGUCUGCGCCCGGGGAAGACACGUUUCCCACCGACGAUGGGGAGAUGGAGGAGAUGGACGACGGUGGCAGCGAGGAGGAAGAAAUGGAGGAAGAAGAAGGGGAGAAGAAAGUGUAUGUACCCGGGAUAGAGCCACUCCAGCCGGGAGAGGAGCUGGAGAUGGACCGCUCGGCUUACCGCAUGUACCACGAGUGUCAAACAGGUGCUCCGUGUUUGAGCUUCGACGUCAUGAGAGAUGGGGAUGGAGAAGGCAGGGAGCAGUUCCCCCUGUCCAUGGUGGUCUGUGCUGGCACUCAGGCGGACACUGCUCUCAGCAACAGGCUUCUUGUUAUGCGCAUGCAUAACCUUUACGGAACAGGGGCAGAGAAAGAGGAGAAAGAUGCCGAAGAAGAGAGUGAAGAAGAGAGUGAGGAUGAGGAGGAUGAAGAUAAGAAGCCACAGAUGGAGCUGGCCAUGAUGCCUCAUUAUGGAGGGAUUAACAGAGUCAGAGUGACCCAGCGUGCAGAGCAGUCAUUGGCUGCUGUCUGGUCAGAGAAGGGACAGGUAGAAAUAUUUGAUCUGCGAACACAGACGGAGGCCGUCCACAGUUCUGCUGCUAUGGCAACUUUCAUCAAACAGGAGAAAGAAGCAACGCCCCUCUUCAGUUUCUCAGGCCACAUGACGGAAGGCUUCGCAAUCGAUUGGUCGCCUAAAGUACCGGGUCGUCUGGUCAGUGGUGACUGCAAGAAGAACAUCCAUGUGUGGGAGCCGCGGGAGGGAGGGACGUCAUGGCAGAUCGACCAGCGGCCUUUCAGCUCCCACAGCAAGUCUGUGGAGGAUCUGCAGUGGUCACCUACUGAAGCCACAGUUUUUGCAUCCUGUUCAGUGGAUCAGUCGAUCCGUAUCUGGGAUAUUCGCGCCCCACCUAAUUCCAUGCUUUCAGCUAAUGAGGCACACACAUCAGAUGUCAAUGUCAUCAGCUGGAACAAGAGUGAACCAUUCCUCUUGUCAGGAGGGGACGACGGGCUCCUAAAAGUAUGGGACCUUCGGCAGUUUCAGUCGGGACGGCCAGUGGCUAACUUCAAGCAGCACAGCGCUCCCAUCACGUCGGUGGAGUGGAACCCUGUGGACUCCAGCGUGUUCGCCGCCUCGGGAGCAGACGAUGUCAUCAGCCAAUGGGAUCUCUCCGUGGAGUCAUCUGAUGUGGGCGCGAGGGUCGAGGGGGUGAAGGACCUGCCACCCCAGCUGCUGUUCCUGCACCAGGGUCAGUCAGAGAUCAAGGAGAUCCACUGGCACCCACAGAUGCCUGGUGUACUGAUCUCCACCGCCCUGUCAGGAUUCAACUUGUUCAGGACAAUAUCUGUCUAGUGUGUGUGUGUGUGUGUGUGUGUGUGUGUGUGUGUGUGUGUGUGUGUGUGUGUGAGAGAGAGAAACAGACAACUAUGUCAGUGUACAUGAGUGUAUAUUUGGCGUGUAUGUGUAAUGAGUAGUAAUUAGUGUGUAUAUAUAUAUUUUCAUCUGAAAACAGUAGGUAAUUUUUCUUAUAACAAUCGUUAAUUAACAUAGUCUUCAUUUGGAUGAGUUAUAACCUCUACUGAUCUUUCAAUCUGUAUGAUUUACAGAUGUUGGAACUACUUUAUGCAUUUGUAAUUGCAUGCUUAAAAUAAAACUAUUUUCAAACUA